AUGGCCAAAGCCGAAUCCUUGUGCCUCCCCCUGAAAGCUCUACGAGAGAUGAUCGAAGAGACUCGCAUUACUCAACCCGAAACUUCCGCCGAUCUUUCAGAACAAGCGAUGUCCAUCAAUGCGUCCAUAACCCGACUUCGGGAAAUACUCAAACGAUAUGGACCUACCGGUGCCUCGGAUAGCUUUCCUGGCAAGGCACGAGACCAACUCAAAAGGGCUAUGUAUCAUUUUCGCAAGGAUAAUUUGUCGCGAGAAUGCUGCAGAGCUCAGGGGAGCCCUUCGUCAUCGUCGGAUUUUGGUCAAUGA